AUGUCUGAGGGGGCCUGGGCCCACUGCCCCGGCCUGCUGGUCCUCAGCCUCAGCAACAACAGCCUGGGGAAUGGGAACGAUACUCUCCCUGCCAGUGUGCUCUCGCCUCUGGCUAGCCUGCGCACCCUCAGCCUGGACCGCAACCGGCUGGCCUCAGUGCCUUUGGGCUUGCCACUAUCUAUCAGGGAGUUGUACCUCCGCGGAAACCUUAUCCAGAAGUUCCCAGGGGAGGCCUUCAUGGGUACCUCAGAGCUGGUGAUUCUGGAUCUGAGCGCUAACCGGCUAACCAUCCAUGGCCUGCUCAGGGAUUACCUCCUCAAAGCCACCCACCUGGAGAGCCUCAACUUAGAGGGCAACCAGCUCAAGAAAGUACCCCGCCACCUCCCCUCUUCCCUCAAAACCCUCAACCUGGAGGGCAACCUCAUCUCCUCCGUGGGCAAAGCCUCCUUCCUCCACCUCUCCCACCUGGAGCACCUGGGCCUGGCCAGGAACAAGAUCGCCAGGGUGGCCUUGGGGGCCUUCAGGGCGCUGCCCGUCCUGCACCAGCUGGACCUGUGUCACAACGCCCUGCGCCAGGUGCCCAGGCAGCUGCCCCGGGGGCUCCACUUGGUGGCACUCACACACAACAAGAUCCACUCAGUGCCCCGCGACGCCUUCUGCUGGGGGGGUUCAGACCCCGACCUCAGCAGCCUGGUGCGGGUGCAGCUGGAGCACAACCUCAUAGACCUGGGCCACCUGGACGCAAAAGCCUUCCACUGCCUCAGAGGCUUCCAGGUGGUACACUUCUACAGAGCUGCAGUCUAUAGGAUCCUGCAGGACUGCGGUCAUACUGUAAAUAUAGAUUGUAAACAAUCCCACCGCUGA